AUGGCUAUGUCGUCCAUUGCAGACAUUCGACCUAGUCUCAUUAUAGCCCGAACUUUCGGCUUGGCCCCAUAUUCCAUUACAAAGUCAAGUGUUUCGGUGUCAAAGGAAGCUAUAAUCUAUUCAGUACCUUGGUUUUUAUUAUACCUGUAUGCUUUAUAUGAUCGAAUCGACGUCUAUAGUCAAGGGAAUAAAGAUGUCAAGUUUCUAGUACUUGCCGUGACGCGUACUAUUCUCACAGUAGGCACACUUACCGUUGACAUGAUACUUUGUAUUGCCAGAAACAGUCGACUGCAGAGUUCUCUCCACUUUUUUAGAAAAUAUGACCUUACGGUUAAGAUAAAUAUUCGAAAAAAUUUACGGAUACACACUUGGACAAUUUUUUGUUUCCUGAUUAUUUACUUUUUGGCGAUUGGCUGGUUUACAUAUUUCUACGAACCAUCUAAAAGUUUAAUGGCAGCGUUCAUUUAUAUAUAUCUGUAUUUACCAUUAUCUACUGCUACAGUCAAAUUUUUAUCGUCAGUAACAUCUAUUUUUCUGAGAUUCCGUCAUUUGAACAGCUUGCUUGUACCAGGGCUUUCUUCGAUACUACUGGAAAUAGAUAACAAAGCAAAGAGAUUCCAUUUACGUGAUAUCUGUUGGUUACAUAGCUGCCUAUGUGCCGCGGUAGAAGAUGUGAACUCACUUUAUUCAGCGCAACUGCUGCUGUGGUUCGCUAAUUUUACUUUCAAUACCAUAACGCUGAUUCACGACUUUACAGAUUUUGAACCUAAAAAAAUCGAUGAUGCUGCCAAAUUUAUACGAGAUGGUGGACUGGUGAUUCUAUUUUCUCUACUAGUUUCUUUUAUGGCUGCCAUUUGCCAUUUCACUGCUGCAGAAGCAAACAAGGUUGGAGCGACGGUUUUUUCACCAAGCUCAAGAUACUUUCGAUGUUGGAGUAAUCAAGGGGAUAAAUUCGCGGUUGGACAGUACUUUUCUUUGCACGAAGUACACUUUAGUGCUGCAUCUGGAUUGUUUCGAAUUAAUCUCUCACUAUUACUAAAGAUCGCUGGGGCAAUGACUACAUAUUUAGUUAUUCUGAAAUCACCUGCACGAUCCUGA